UCGAGCGAAGCAAAACAUUCAUUUUCAUUUCUGGCACGCUCGCGAGUGGACGUGCGGACCGAUACGCCGAUAAUAGCUAUAGCCCAGUUCGAUACCCAUCCAUAUAUAUAUAUAUAUAGUGUAUGUGGGGAGGUGCAAAGAUCUGUCCAUAGAUCUUUCACCUGUCGCGCAGUGCGUGAGGGUGCGAUAUAUGCCAAAAGCACCAGUAACCGCGUCGCGAGUGUUGAUUUAAUCCGGGGAAAAUACAUAUCGAACCUCAGUUUGAGAGUGAAGCCAGUGAAAGUCCUUUGCCGCCAAGGCAUGCGAAUAUAUUUGCAAAAGUUUCGCGAACCAGCAGCAAACAGGAGAAACCAACGCAACCAGCAGAGUUAACAGCCAAAGGAACAGGCCCCGUUCAAGGGCGCCUCGGAUACCGUAGUGGAAAAGAAAACUAGCAGGACUAACUUGAGCCAUGGAGCAAUUUGAGCAGCUGCUGACGUGCUGCGUCUGCCUGGACAGGUACCGCAUCCCCAAGCUGCUGCCAUGUCAGCACUCCUUCUGCAUGGAGCCCUGCAUGGAGGGACUGGUGGACUAUGUGCGACGGCAGGUAAAAUGCCCGGAAUGUCGCGCCGAACACCGGAUACCCUACAAUGGCGUGCAGGCCUUUCCCACGAACGUCACCCUGCAACGGUUCCUGGAGCUGCACAUCGAAAUCACCGGAGAACUGCCCGAUCCCACAUCAGGUCAAAUUAUGGAGCGUUGUGGCGUCUGCUCGGAAAAGGCCUACCUGUCCCACUGUGCGCACUGCGAGAAGAAGAUCUGCGAGGACUGCAAGAGCGCCCACAUGGACAUCCUGCGGCGCGAGAUCACGCGAUUCAACUCACAGAUCCGUCGCAGUUUGCACCGCCUGCAGGACUCGCUCGCGAUCAUCGAGAAGAACACGAUGAGUCUGCAGACGAACGCCAUCAGUGUGACGGAGGAGAUCGAUGAGAUAUACCAGCGCAUCACGAAGGCCAUUAAGGAUCGCUCCGACCAGCUGAAGGGCGAGAUAGAUCGCUACUUGGCCGUGGAGCUGCGCAACCUCACCACCCUGAAGGCGAACCUCGAUCUGGAGAUCACGAACAUCACCAGCAACUGCGACACGGUGGACAAGUACAUGAACGAGACCGUGGAGUGGGACGACUGCGAGCUGAUGGACACCAAGGAGAUCUUCCUGAAGACGGUGGAGUUCCUGCGGCACUUUGAGUACGAGAACAACGACUACAGUCGGCGCGUGCGCUUUCUGGUCUCCAUCGAUCCCAAUCAGCUGGUGAUGAACCUGGCCACCUUCGGUGACCUGAACAUAGCGCCCCAUUCGACGCCGAGUGGCGGCUCCGUGAGCAGUUCCCACCUGGCGCCGCCCAGUGCCCUGCAGCCGGGUUUGAUGCGCUCGAAGAGCGACCACCGCCUGGCCACCCAGUUCCGCCAGCAGGAGGAGCGCAGUGGCUACAACGACGAGCCCGUGCUGGGCGGUCGCAAGUUCGGCGAACGCCCGCAGCGCAGCGCCACCCAGGCGAACAAUGAUCGCUACGGGCGCAGCGGGGACUACGAUUACGAGAACGACUACGAGAACGAGGGUUCUUCGGGCAGGGCGGGCAAGUCCUCCCGCUUCCGGUCGCGUUUCGUGAGAUCGCACCAGAACGACGACUCCGACAGCGAGCAGCAGCAACAGCAGCGCCAGCAGGAGCUCAAGGAGCGCAAGGAUCGCGUACUGGACAGCGAGGAUGUGUCCCGCGGCCAGCUGAGUGGCAUCAUCCGGUUGAGCGACUGCUCCCGAGUUGUCCAGCGGCUGGCAGACAUUGGCAAGGAGAAGAAGGAGAAGAAAUCCGAUGCCGCAGCAGCAGCUCAGGCGGCCGUCCAAGCCGCCAUCCAGGCCCAAAAGGCGGCCAUGCAGCGCCAGCAGCAGAAGAAUCAGCAGACCGCCGCCGACGAGGAGGAGCUGGCUCGCCAGAAGCGCAAGAACGCAGCAUCUUCUUCGGCGGCCGGAGGAGCGGCCACGUCGACGUCCACCAGCGGAGGUGGCGAUGCCGCCAGCGAUCAGCGAGUAACGGCCCUGAAGAAUCGGGGCGGCGAAGAAAGCGACGGCAGCUCCAACCAGGCGGCGUCUCCAGUGCGUAAUAGUGCGGCAUCUGCGACGCGGGCUGAGGUAAGUGUGAAUGAGGCAAAUACAGAAGAAGAAGGCGUGGCCAGUGACUGCAGUGACAGCGAAGAGGAAGAGGAAGAGGAGGGGGAAGAAUCUGUAGCGGCGGAAAUCGAAGAGGCUCCCAGGGAAUCUCUUAACCUUCCAGAGGAAUCUCUGCAAGCAACCUCUUCCGAAGAAACCGAGGAGGAAGAAUCCGAUUCGGAGUACGAAGAAGAAACAGCCACCGAAAGUGAAGAGGAAGGGGAGGGGGGAGAGGAAGAUGAAGAGGAAAGGGUAGCUGAAAAUGAGACUCAGAAUCUUCCAGUGAUCAAUGUACUACCACCCGAAAAUGAUUUAGUCCAAAAAGUGGAAAAUUCUCCGGAAGAUCACAUAAGCAGUCAACAACCUCCAGAAGAAUCAGAUAAAUCUACUGAACAAAGCCCAGGGGAAGAGGAAGAAGAGGAGUACACGGAAGAAGAGAUUGAGUCGAAGCCGCCCGUUUCCGCGCAAGUGGCGGCGGUGAAGAAGACCCAGCGAUCCGGUAGCAGCGACAGCAGUGCCUCCACCGAGAGCUCGGCGAGCUCAGCGGCAGCGGCGGCGGCUGUGGCAGCCACAUCCGCAGCCCCGGCGGCACCUGCCUCCACUGCCUCCAGUGGCAGCAGCAACUCCGCCGCCAGCCAGCCGGCCAAGGCGCCCAGCUCAGCCAGGUACUCCACUGCCAGGGACACUACGGCUGUGCCGGAGAAGAAGCCCUUCGUCAGCCGCUUCCUGCCGCAGCACAGUACCGCCAAUGCGUCCAACGGGUCGGCGGACAAGAAGAAGGCGGAGUCCAGUUCCAGCAGCGAGGAGGAGACCAGCUCGGAGUCCGAGUCCGAGUCGGAGCCGGAGACCAAGGCGAAGACCAGUGCCACCAGCAGUAGCACCACCAGCAAAUCCACGCCCAGCAGCGCCGCCAGCUCCACCACGGCGGCCAGUGGCUCCACCACCGGCGGAUCCUACCGCGAUCGACUGGAGGCCCGCCGAGCCUCCCGCGACGACAGCUCCUCGACGGCCGCCGGUCGGAGCAGCUAUGCCACGCCCUCGAGCAGCGGCUAUGGGAGUGGCAGCGGCACCAGCAGCGGACGCACGCGAGCCGUGCCCGCUCCCCAUCACGCGAGCGAGAGCGAAGACCGCUAUGGCAGCGGCACUGGCAGCAGCUACACAAGCCGCUUUCUAAACAAGAGCAAGAGCAGCGCCAUUGUAACGCAACCCUCGCUAUCCACGCCCACCGCCUCCUUCGAUGAGGACGCCACCGGAACGGGAACCGGCGACGACUCGGACAGUCGGUACGGAACGGGCCGCUCCCGCUACCUGGCCAUGAAGGAGCGCCGCACCCGGCUGGCGCGCAGCCGCUCCUCCCACCAGUUCGGCAACGAGGACGAGGACCUGGAUGAGCCGGUGUCCCCCACCACGGUCUCGCCGUCCGCUUACCUGGCCUCAAGGUACAGCGGAUACGGCAGCAGCGACCUCUCCCGCAGCCGCUCCUCGCACGCCCUGAAGUCGCGCGACAACUCGCCGAUCACCGACCGCGGUGCGGGAUCCUCGCGCUCCGGCGGCCUGGGCGGCAGCUCGGCCACCGACAGCAAGGACGGCGAGGCCUUGAGCUCCUGGGCACGGUACCUGAAGAACAAGUACGGUAACAAGAGCAGCAAGGACUCGGCCGGAAGUAGCAGUGGCGCACGCGACUCGCACGCCGCCAGCUCCACGUCAUCGGCGGCGGCGGCGUCGUCGCAUGCGCACGGCUACGGGAGCGGGACGAGCGGGGCGAGCGGACGCAGCACCGCCAGCGACGUGUCCCGCCGGCUGAGCCUCGGACUGCCCCUGCGGCAGGCCAACGAGCUGGCCUCCUCCGACGACGACGGGUCAAAAAACGGGCUAGGCUCCCCUACGUCCCCUACGGUAGCAGCAGCAGCGGCAGCAGCCGGUAUAACCGGAGCGGCAGGUACUAUCCCUAAGCAGGUGUACCUGCGCAAGCGCCAGCAGCUGUUCCAGCUGGGGGGCCGGGGGAGCGAGCCCGGAUCCUUCACGUGGCCGCGCGGCCUGGCCGUCGGCCCCGACAAUAGCAUCGUGGUCGCCGACUCCAGCAACCACCGCGUCCAGGUCUUCGACUCCAACGGCAUCUUCGUCAAGGAGUUCGGGGAGUACGGCAACGGCGAGGGCGAGUUCGACUGCCUCGCCGGCGUGGCCGUCAACCGCAUCGGCCAGUACAUCAUAGCCGAUAGAUACAAUCAUCGCAUACAAGUGCUCGAUCCGCAAGGACGAUUCCUGCGCGCCUUCGGUUCGCAGGGCACCGCAGAUGGCAAAUUCAAUUAUCCUUGGGGCGUAACAACCGAUGCACUCGGCUUCAUUUACGUGUGCGACAAGGAGAACCACAGAGUGCAGGUUUUCCAAUCCGAUGGCUCCUUCGUUGGCAAAUUCGGUUCCUGCGGCCGUGGAGAGGGACAACUUGAGCAUCCGCAUUAUAUAGCCGUAUCGAACACGAAUCGUGUGAUUGUUUCCGAUUCGAAUAACCACAGGAUUCAGAUUUUCGACGUAAACGGCAAGGUCCUGUCCACGGUGGGCGGCGAGGGUUCCGACGACGGCCAGUUCAAGUUUCCCCGCGGUGUGGCCGUGGACGAUCAGGGCUACAUAUUCGUGGCCGAUUCGGGCAACAAUCGCAUUCAGAUCUUCAAUCCGGACGGCAGCUUCCUGAAGACCUUCGGCUCCUGGGGCUCCGGCGACUCCGAGUUCAAGGGACUCGAGGGCGUGGCCAUCAUGUCGAACGGUAACAUUUUGGUCUGCGAUCGCGAGAAUCACCGCGUCCAAGUUUUCUGAUCGGAACGAGGGAACACCAUGGAAGAACCAUUGCAUUAUCUCAUCUUGAGUUGUCUUUAUUUUGUCUUUAACUAUUAUUUGUUAUGCAGUGCCAGAGCAAUUAUUGCCACUAUUUCUAUGCCUAGAAAUUGUGUCAAUUAGCCAUGAGGAAAAGCUGAAAAAAAAUCGAAAAACUUUUUGUUAAACUAGAGCGAAAAAAGAAACAUUUGAAUAAAAAAAAGCGAAAACUCGUCAGAGUUUGAGUGAACAAAA